AUGAAUGAUAUGAAUGACAGCAUUAGUAUAUUGGUCGCUAUCCUCGUGAUCUUUUGCGUCUUUCGUUGGUUAUUAGGUUCAACACCUCAACAAACACCAGUAAAUAAUAGAGGAAAUAUUACAACAAAUGAUAUCCCAAGGGCUAGGCCGAGACCCGUCACACCCGAAAUGGUUGAAACAGUAUGCGCUAUGUUUCCCAACAUUCCUCCAGCUGCUGUACAAUACGAUCUUCAAAAGACAGGAUCUGUAGAAGUUACCUGUGACAAUAUUCUUCAAAACGGUGGUUUACCAUUGCUUCAGGAAGCUGUAAAUAAAGGUCUUGUCCCGCAGGAUCCACCAAAGAUAUGGGAAACUACUCCUGAAAAAAGACAGGAACUGUUGCAACAAAAGAAGGAUGCAAUGGUUCUACAGGCUAGAGUACGGUACCUUGAGCAACAACGGAAAAAGGAAUUGGAAACAAAAACAUGUUCUUUUGAAAAUCCUUCACUUACAGACCUAACACAAUUAACAAAUAACAAUUCACUUAAAACGCCAAUUAUUCAAAGUUUUUCUGAAGAUGACCAAGAUCUUCAUCCUGAGCUAAGACGUCAGCAGAUAUUACAAGCAACCGAACGAAGGUGGAACAAAGAG